CCUCCGUGCCGAUCCCCGCGGCCAGGCCCCCGUAUGCAGCCCUCACCCUGGAGCGGCGGCGGCGGCGGAUCGAGGAGCUCUCGCGGUCGUCCCGGCAGCGGCUGCUGCAGUCGCGGGACAGGAUGUUCUCCAAGUUCACCUCCAUCCUGCAGCACGCCGUGGAGGCGCUCGCACCUUCCCUUCCAUUACAAGAGGAUUUUGUUUACCACUGGAAAGCGAUCACCCAUUACUACAUAGAGACAUCAGAUAAAGAAGAUAUUAUGCAACAUUUAAAUGUUAGAUGUUUGAUCCUAGUUAUUAAACUAUUAAGAUGACAAAGCUCCUGUGACUGAUACCAACAUUCCUUCUCACUUGGAGCAGAUGUUGGAUAUUCUAGUUCAAGAAGAAAAUGAGAGGGAAUCGGGUGAAACAGGACCAUGUAUGGAAUAUUUGCUACAUCACAAGAUUCUGGAGACACUCUACACAUUAGGAAAAGCUGAUUGCCCUCCAGGAAUGAAACAGCAAGUUUUGGCUUUUUAUACAAAACUUCUUGGAAGAAUACGGCAACCUCUUCUUCCCCACAUAAACGUGCACAGGCCAGUGCAGAAAUUGAUCAGGCUGUGUGGUGCAGUUCUGGCAACACCAACAGAAAAUGAAGAAAUUCAGUUUCUCUGUAUAGUAUGUGCAAAGCUGAAACAGGAUCCAUACCUGGUCAACUUCUUCCUUGAGGUGAAACCAGGUCAUCUACGGCCUGUGCUGGAGAGAGCAUGUUCCUACCAUGACACCGUGAAUAGAACCCAGAGGAGUUACAGGCCACAUUCCUGGUACAGCAAACUACUGAGGAACAUAACUGGACUUUUGUCAUGUAACUGUACAGCCAGCGAACACUGGAGAGCAUUGUGACACUGCUAUUUAGAGCUUUCUAGAUAACUGUGCUAUCAAGAAUUAAAAUGAAUUGCGAAGCCACUACUGAGUAUCUCACAUCAUAAAUAUUUUAGUCACUUGCUUCAAAAUUAUGACAUUUUAUAGUGCCAAAACUUAAAUCAGGCUCCAUGUAAAAUCUCAGUUAUGCCUCAGGCCAAAGACAACGGAAUUGAAACUCUGACUAAAACCUAGUUUUACUUGUGGACUAAUGCAAAAGAGAGAAUUUCUAUACUUGCAUAGUAGUAGUGUUCCUGAACUCCCAUCGAGAUCAGCUUCUGCUUACGAUUAAACAGAUUAUCUGAGAACAUUUUAGGGAUGAACGGAUUAUAGCCCUAAAUCCAAAGAUGUAAGUAACAAUGGAAUCUUAUUACACAUUAGAAAACAACAGCACUGUCAGAGCUGGUCAAAAAGUUACUCAGAAAUCUCUUAGUAGGUCAAGGCUAAGCACCUCAACUGUCCCCCAGAAUACAUGCAGAUGCUGAUUGCCAGACCCCCCUCUCUGCAAGCACACAGCAAAAUGACUGAGGAAACCAAUUUGUAGCAGGGGGACUACUCAGUUGUUUAUCUCCAAUAUUUUGAGGCAAAAUCCAGUUUUAUGUCUAUUUAUGUGACAUUCAAACUCUCACUGUCAUUACAGCUGCAAUAAAGCAUACUGGAAGUGUAUUCUUCAUCUCUUUGCUUCAGCUUCCACUCGCACAGGAACAAGUUUGUCCUGCUAACCUGCAGACUUCAGUGAAAUUAGUUAAGCUCUGACUGAUAAUAUAUGACAGCAUUCUAGAUGGUUUCAAUAAUUUAUUAUAUGCUGACACUUGCAGGUACCGUAUGGCAGAACAUUCAUGUAUUUACUUAGAGAGGAAAGCCUGGAUUAUGAGGCUUCUAGCUGAAUAGAAAUAUUUGAGGAAAACAUGAUGCUUUUGGAAAACAAGUAUCUAAUUUCACAUACAACAUGUACAUCUGACCUACUUGUGUGGUCUCCUUUACAACGCAUUAUAUAAGCUAAAGCAGGGUAGUACAGAGAGAGUAACUGAUGGAUGAACAUGAGAAAUAGCCUACUGGGCAGAGGUAUCUAUCCAUCCAGCCCAUAUUAUUCCACCACAGCAACGAGUGAUGGCAUAAAGACACUUGCAGAUGUGACAGGGAAGCAACUAGACAACAGAUUAAUACCUAGGAAGUUUGUAACCCAUCAGAAGACAAAUGAAUGAUGAGUGUCUCUACAGAAGGAGUAGAUGUGCAGAUGUGGAGCAGGAUGCACAGACCAGGAAAUGCUUGACAAUGGGAUUUAAGGAAAUACUGCAUGAUGAACUGAUUACAUGGUGCUACCAGCAAAUCAGCAAGGAGGGAGGUGUUGCACACAGCUGAGACACAGACAACCAUAAAAUUAGUGACAGAAAAUUACAGCAAACAGAAGCACAUACGAUACUACAUACAAGACAUUGAUUAAACCUGGGAGAAGUAUAUUUCGGAGUUCAAACGAUGUUCUUUGGUAUCCAAUGCACAAUAGAAUGCUUUCUGUAGUCAAGCC